AUGCUUAUACCCUUCCAUUCCUUAAUAAGGCUUUUUCUAGGUAUUUCUCUAAUAUCAUCAGUUUUGGCAGCAGAAGAAUCAACACAAAAUGAAUCAUCAUCUCGUCAUACAAACAAUUGGGCAGUUUUGGUGUCAACUUCAAGAUUUUGGUUUAAUUAUAGACAUAUGGCAAAUGUGUUGAGUAUGUACAGAACCGUGAAGAGAUUAGGUAUACCGGAUUCACAAAUCAUCUUGAUGUUGAGUGAUGAUGUUGCUUGUAAUCCACGUAACUUAUUUCCAGGUUCUGUUUAUAAUAAUAUGGAUAGAGCUAUUGAUUUAUAUGGUGAAAGUAUUGAAGUUGAUUAUAGAGGUUAUGAAGUCACAGUGGAAAAUUUCAUAAGAUUAUUAACAGAUAGAUGGAGUCCAGAUCAUCCACGUUCUAAAAGAUUAUUGACAGAUGAGAACUCAAAUAUUUUUAUCUAUAUGACUGGUCAUGGUGGUAAUGAAUUUUUGAAAUUUCAAGAUGCUGAAGAAAUUAGUGCAUGGGAUAUUGCUGAUGCUUUUGAACAAAUGCAUGAAAAAAAGAGAUAUAAUGAAAUCUUCUUUAUGAUUGAUACAUGUCAAGCAAAUACCAUGUAUACCAAGUUUUAUUCACCAAAUAUUUUAGCGUGUGGUUCUUCAGAAUUGGAUGAAUCUUCAUAUUCUCAUCAUAGUGAUGUUGAAAUUGGUGUUGCUGUCAUUGACAGAUUCACCUAUUUCAAUUUGGAAUUUGCAGAAAAGAUUGAUAAGAAUUCUACAUUAACUUUACAAGAUCUAUUUGAUUAUUAUUCAUUAGAAAAAAUUCACUCACAUGCUGGUGUUAGAACUGACUUAUUCAAACGAGAUCCAAAAGACGUUUUAAUUACCGAUUUCUUGGGUAAUGUUCAAAGUGUUAUGAAUUAG